ACGAGGCUAAGGAUAACACAAUCAUAAAGGACUGAACCUUGGUCAAAAGGGCAUUAAAAGAAUAAACGUUCACUGUAAAAGGAGACCUUAACCAGACCUCCAGGGAGAAUGAAAUGAUCUUUAAUAUCAGAUAAAACAGACAUUUAAGGAAUAAAGAACACAGUGCUGGAUGCUCUUCUGUCUGUGGCUGCAAUACAUUCACUGGAUAUAGUUUGCUGUGUGAUCAUCAACUGAACACUGCACAGGAUGCGGAAAGAUAAAACCAAGGUUUUUUUUCUUAUUACCAUUGUUUGUGCAAUAUCUGGAUUUCUGUUCCAUUUUAAAAGUAUACAGGAUGCCUACUUUACCCUUUCUGCACAGAACUCAAAAACCCAAAACCAUCGAAGAGAUACUGUGCGAUAUAUAUGUCACAAAAACAAUUUGACCAGCUCGCCGUGGAAGAUAAAACAUUCAGUUGCAAGGCAGUUGUAUGUAGAACACACUCAUAAGUUUAUUUACUGUGAAGUGCCAAAGGUGGGCUGCUCCAACUGGAAGAGGAUAAUUCUUCUUUUAAACAGCAGUCUUGGACUUACUGUAGAUGAACUAAAACAUAACAAUGUCCACAUCUCCCCCUUACUGAGAAGACUAAGUUUUUACUCCCCUAAAAUGCAAGCAGAGCUUUUUAAUAAUUACACCACAGUGAUGUUCACCCGAGAUCCCUUAGAGAGACUGGUUUCGGCUUACAGAGACAAGUUUCUCCAUGAUGAGGAGCAUUACUACAGUAAAACGAUGGCAAAUAUGAUCAAGAGAAGCGUCAGAAAAAAUGGGAAUUCAACAGAAAGACUGAGUUUCAAGGAGUUUGCUAGCUUUAUUGUCUCAGAAAAUGCAUAUUAUAGAGACAUUCACUGGAGGCCAAUGUUGGAACUAUGUGAUCCGUGCAAUAUCCACUAUGACAUUAUAGGCAAGUUUGAAACCAUAAAACAAGACGCUGCCUAUGUACUGAGAUCAAUCAGAGCACCAAAGGACCUGGAGUACCCCGAUAUAAAGCAUUACGCCAAUGAAACCAGGACCAAUGACUUAAUAAGCAAAGACUAUUUCAGAUCCCUCCCCAAAGAGCUAUUUAAAAAACUCAUGAAUGUUUACAGAUAUGACUUCUCCAUGUUCGAGUACAAUCCUUCCAUUUAA